GUUGUCAUUGCGUUCCUUAGUUUGGUGUGUUUUACAUGGGGCCUACGGGUGGAGUAGAAAUGUUCACAAUGCGGCUCUAAAGGCAACAAAUUUGUGUUCCGCUCGGGUUGUGUGACGUAUUUACAUUACACACACACAGAAGGGAUACCGUUAAGUACGUCCGGAAGCCGAUAUUUAACACAAAGGCUAGCUUAAAAAAAAAAAAGAAGCUACUAUGGAGGAGAGGAAAGAGGAGAGAGAAGCCGAGAUCCAAGAGCACGGCCCCGAACAUUGGUUCUCCAAAUGGGAACGGCAGUGCUUAGCCGAGGCUGAACGGGACGAUCCAGCCGAAGAGGAGGCAGAGCAAAGUCAACAGAAGCUGUGGCACCUCUUUCAAAACUCGGCUACCGCGGUAGCACAGCUCUACAAAGAUCGAGUGUGUCAGCAGCAAGGCCUCUCUCUCUGGGUGCCCUUCCAGAACGCAGCCACGGCCGUCACCAACCUGUAUAAAGAAAGCAUGGAGGCCCACCAGCGGAGCUGUGACCUGGGCAUCCACUUAGGCUACCAGCGCAGGAACAAGGAGGUGAUCGCGUGGGCGAAGAAACGCAGAAGAACCAUCAGACGCGAAGACCUCAUUAGUUUCCUCUGUGGGAAGGUUCCACCCCCGCGGACGGCCCGCGCUCCGCCCAGAGUCGCCGUGGUGGCUGCGAGCCGACCGUCGCCCCCCGAGACGGGGAGCUCCGUGGAGACCGACCUGCAGCCCUUCAGAGAGGCCAUAGCCCUGCACGGCCUUAGUGGUGCCAUGGCCAGCAUCUCUGUGCGUUCUGGUCCCCCGGGUUCUCCAACUCACCCUGCCCAGCCCCUCAGUCGCCGCAGGAACGGUCUCCAUGACGUGGACCUCAACACCUUCAUAGCUGAGGAGAUGGCGCUCCACCUAGAUUCCACCGCCAAUCGCAAACGAGGCCCCGCCCCCUGUAGUGAUGUCAUCACAGACUCACCCACUCAUAAACGAAACAGGAUGCUUUGAACUUUUCCUACACCACAGAUCCCUCCUCUGUCCUCUCCUCGGUGGCCGACUGGACAGCUGAUGGGGACUGAUGCCUUGGCCAACCAUUAAAAUCUUCCUCCUUAGUUGCAAUGCCACAAAUAAUACUAAUAUCAGCCUACAUAUUUAGCCCCUUCUUUAUCCCCCCCCUCCCACCCUCAUUUUCUCAACAGGAAAUCAGUUUGUUGGCUCACCCACACUCACAACCCUGCUAGAGUUUUGUCUUGUUUUCAAGCAGAUUGACUUUUGUUUAUUUGCCCUCUGUGGAUCUGAUACCGAAGCAAGCACAUUCUACACUUGAAAUCCUUGAAUGUUGCAUUUUAUAUUGUUUGUUUGUUUGUUUGUUUGGCCGGGCUCUUUUGUGCUUCUCAUUCGAUAAUCAGACGAACCGGACUGUUGCCUACUGUUUGCAGGUCUUUUUUGCUUCUUUCCUCAAGCGUACUUCCUCCGCCGUGGAGCGCUGGCCAAACCCGACUGGACUCGAGUCCGUCUCCUUAGGAGGCCGGAUCGUGUCUUGACUCAAAAAACGCUUUUCAUUGUGUGCAUCUAUUUCUGCUGCUCUGUGUGUUUGCGUAUCUGACAGCAGAACUGCCACUUACUGUGUUGUAUUUGUCUUCGCCUUUGAGAAAGCUGCUACAGUAUCUCUGGUUGUUGUGCAAGAGAAAGGGAGUUUGUGUGUGUGCGUGCGUGCGUGCGUGUGUGUGCGUGUGUGCUCGUAAAUGCAGGGUUCUGGCAAAUCCAGCAUCCACUUGAUCGAAAUAUUUCUUUUUCUUCUUAAAUUCAUCCUAUUUUUAUUCUCUUUAGUUGAUCUUUACAGCCCAUGCCAGGGUCUUCUCACAAAGCAGGUCAAUCCAAUUCACACAACGGAUAAGUGAGUCGGAGGGAUGGAAAAGCGAGUUUUCACAGGAGGUUUUUUUUUUUUUUGUAGAGUGAGGACCCUCUUCCUGCAUUCUUUGAAAUUUCAUAACCAUGCUGUUACCUAUUGUCAAGUUUACAAAAAUAAAUGUACGCACAGUUUCCAUAUCAGCCUCCGAAUGCACUUGAGUGAGUACCGGUUUUUUGCAUUUUUGUUUAAAAGCAGUAACAGUGUUUCAAAGCUUGCACCUACUUUAUGUUUACAUGUGACCCAUUACUAAGGACAGUUGCGUUGCUUCAUCUCUUUGUCCCUUGAUUUUCGAGAUUUUACAACACUUGUGAUUACAGCUUUAAAACUACAGAACUACAGGGGGCAAUUGCCUGUGAACUGGUAGGGGCCGAUGGCUGUGAUAUUUCAUUUUUGUCCACGAGUUGUAGCCAGCUCACGGACUAUAUUUUUUUGUGUGUGCGUGUGUGUGUGUGUUGCAAGACGCGUAUUUUUGCUAAUUUCACACACUGCUUUGUGAUACAAUCUUGUGUAAUGUGUGUAAAUAUAAUGUAGGUGCUGUUAUAUGUGGUACAUAUUGUAAAAAGAAGAAGUGCAAAACAAUUGGGAUGUCCAUGUACAAUAACAAUUCUGACAUUAAAGAAAGUACAAAUGUUUAA